CCAAUAGCAAACGCGCAAACAAAAUUCUCCCCUUCAUCUCUUUGCCCCCAAACAAAUCCCAAAAUUCCUUCCGUGUCCUCUUUCCUCUUCCUCCUCCGAUUCCUCUUCUCCGUUAUAAAUACGGCCUCGACUUUAGUUGACAAACCUUUCUCUUUCCAAAUCCCGUUCCGUUCCGUUUAAUUCGCUCUCUCUCUCUCUCUCUCUCUCUCUCUCUCUCUUUCUUUUUCUAGGGCUACGUUACGAUACGAUUCCGAUCGAGUAGGGUUUUCGUGGAGUUGGUGUUUCUGACGCCGGGAUUAGGGUUUGAUCGAGGAUGUUGGGGACGAGCCUUCAGUUUGGGAGGGGAAACGGCGACGACCGGUUCUAUUCCGCGGCGAAGGCUCGGAGGAAUCAUUAUAGGGAUCAUCGGAACCCGCCGAGGUCGAGGACCGCCGGCGGCGGUGAUCAGGUGAUGACGGGGAAAUCUUCGGAAGCGGAGACUAGGGUUGGAUUUGAGGAGGAUAUGAAGAAACCGGAGGCGAUUGUUUCGAGUUUGUCGUCGUCGUCGUUGACGAGUUCGAUUGAGAGUGUUGGGGAUCGAUCGAGUAAUUUGGAUCGGUUCUUGGAGUCGACUACUCCAUCGAUUCCCGCUCAGUACGUCUCCAAGACAAGAAUGAGGGGGUGGAGGACAUGUGAUGUUGAGUACAGGCCUUAUUUUACCCUUGGUGAUCUUUGGGAAUCCUUUAAGGAGUGGAGUGCUUAUGGUGCUGGCGUUCCGCUUGUUCUGAAUGGCAGUGAUUGUGUUAUUCAGUACUAUGUGCCAUACUUAUCCGGCAUCCAGUUAUAUGGAGAUUCGAGUAGGCAGGCUGGCGACUCUAGGCAACCUGGGGAGGAUAGUGAUAUGGACUGCUAUAGGGAUUCCAGUAGUGAUGGAAGCAGUGAUUCUGAACUUGAAAAUGGCUUGAAAUAUGCAAGGGAUUGGAAUCGGAGCCAUCUUUCAAACGGGUCAACUUUUGGGAUGGAUAGGCUGUCCAUGAGGGAGAAUCAUGGACCUAUGCAAGAAGGAUUCUCGAGUGAUGAUAGUGAUACUGGACAUUCUCAAGGUCGCCUAUUAUUUCAGUACCUAGAAAGAGAUCCUCCUUACAGCCGUGAACCCUUGGCUGAUAAGGUCUCGGUUCUUGCAAGUAAAUCCCCAGAACUAAAGACACUUAGAAGUUGUGACUUAUUGCCGGCAAGCUGGAUUUCUGUUGCAUGGUAUCCUAUAUACCGAAUACCUACUGGACCGACCUUGAAAGAUCUGGAUGCUUGUUUUCUCACCUUCCAUUCUCUUGCUACUCCAACGAAAGGAGCUGGUACUGCUUCUGGUCCUACGGUGACUUACCCCCAGGGAGUUGACGGCGUACCAAAGAUCUCUCUUCCUUCUUUUGGUCUAGCCUCGUACAAGUUCAAAGGACCAUUAUGGACUCCUACCGGUGGGUGUGAGAAACAACUGGCAAGCUCCUUGUUGCAAGCAGCGGACAAUUGGCUGCAGCUUCAUUCUGUUGAUCACCCAGAUUACCGAUUCUUCACAUCACACGGGGCAUUCAGGAGAUAAAACCAGGCUACUCUACUCCUUUUGCCUUUUGCUCCUCCUGUGUUUUGCCUUCUGUGAGAGCCUCGGCUUUUCCCUGCCAACUUGCAGUUAAUCUGCAUAGUGAAACUUCGGUGGAUUGCAUCGCUCUAUCUCAAACAGAAAAUAAAGAAAAGGAGUAUGUAAUCCUUAGGACAUGAAGUGUGCUCAGGGCUUUUUUCAAGGGUAAAAGCAAAAAAAGAAAAAGCGAUUAAGUAAACCCUUUGUCAAAAGUCUUUUUUGAAGGGAAACAGCACUCGGUUGCAGUUAACACUAGAGAAGAAGAUAUAGUGAAGGCAAAAACCUGGUUUUGAAUUAUGUUAUCUGAAUGGACAUGUAUUUUUUAAAUGUCCUGAUGGUAUGUUUUGUUGCGGUAAAUUAAAUACCCUAGGGUGUUUUUUGAUAUAGAUGAUGACGAAAAUGUAACAGAGGCGAAGUUAAAACUUAUGUGUAAGUUUGUUAUAGUAAGUAUUGCUGUUUAAUCUAAAGAUUUAACU